UCCCCGCCACCAUCCUCCUCCUCCCCGGUGCCGUGCACCCUCAGCCCGCCUCCUGCUGCCGCCGCUUCCGCUCUCCGCGGUGCGUAGCGAGGGGGAGGGCGGAGAGGCACCGCCCCGGCCCUGCAGCCCCCGCGGGUCCCACCGCAGCCUCCGCGCAGGUACCCUCCGCCUCCCGGACAGGGGGUCGUAAGGAGUGAGCUACUGUCACUCCCUGGGGACGAUGGAGCUCUCAGCAGAGGCAUCCGGGGUCCUGGAAGGUUCUGAUAUUGGGUCACAGAAAGACAGAGUGGUGACUGAAGCGGAGUGGCUGCAAAAAUGGGAAAUGGGUAACAUUGGGUUUCACAAGGAACAAGGGCAUCCGCUCCUCCGGAAGUAUUUGGAUGUUCUUUUAAAUGGCAGAAGUGGACUAAGGAUAUUUUUCCCACUUUGCGGUAAAGCAGUAGAGAUGAAAUGGUUGGCAGACAUGGGGCACUACAUCGUCGGUGUGGAAGUCAGCGAAAAAGCACUGAAGGAGUUUUUUGCAGAACACGGUGUGCCUUACCACGAGGAGCCAGUCCCAGAGAUUUCAGGAGCAAAGAAGUUGCAGAGUACCUCUGGGAACAUUUCUCUGUACUGCUGCAAUAUUUAUGAUCUGUCCAGCUCAAUAGUUGACCAGUUUGAUGGGGCGUGGGACAGAGGAGCUCUAGUAGCUGUGAAUCCAUGCGACAGACAACGCUAUGUCAAUUUGAUGAUCACCCUAAUGAAGAAAAAUUCUUCUUAUCUCCUUGCUACAGUUUCAUAUGAUCCAAACAAACACAAAGGCCCACCAUUUUAUGUUCCUGAAUCUGAAAUUAAAAGCUUGUUUGGCAACCACUGUGAAAUUAAGUGUCUUGAAAAAGUUGAUGACUUCUCAGACAGACACAGACAAUGGGGACUAGAUUAUUUUUUGGAGGUGCUGUAUAUACUAAAGUUUUUAGGUUGAUUAAAAUGAAUUUAAAUAAC